AUGUACGAAGCCGUCAAGCAGUCGGUCCUCGAAUCAAUCAAGGAGAUACAACAAGCACUUACCGUGGCGCGGAGGGGGGAGUACGCACUCCGCGACGACUACCCAGUCCCGGAGAUCCGAGACGACAAUGAAGUCAUGAUCAGGAAUCAUGCCGUCGGCCUCAAUCCGAUUGAUUGGAAGUCUGUCGAAUACAACUUCUGCUUGCCAUCAUUUCCAUGGAUUACUGGCAGAGAAUCAUCGGGCACGGUCGCCAAGGUUGGGAAAAACGUCCACCAUGUAAAACCCGGAGACCGUGUGUGGACUUCGACGUACUACCGAGACGUCCGUGCCGGAUGUUUCCAAGAGUACAUCAUCGUCCCUCAACACACUGUGCUUCCAAUACCCGCGGACCUCAGCUUCGAGCAGGCAGCUUGCUUGGGCGUCGGCGCCCUCACUGCUGCUAUGGCUCUCUGGAAAUGGAUGGAUGUACCGAUGCCAGAUCCGGAUCCAAAUCCAAAGAGCCCUGAAUCGUCAGAGCAUUCUUUGGGGACGGAAACACCACAUUCGCUGGAUUCUGGCUACUACAGCGUUUCUCCCGCUUCGUCUAGGCCAGGUGUGGGGGAGUGGUUUCUGAUUUGGGGUGGAAGUACCGUAACAGGUCAAUUUGCGACUCAAAUCGCCAUCCACUCUGGCUUAAGAGUCAUUACAGUCUGUUCGGGUCGUACUGCAGCUCUCUCUACAUCACUCGGAGCAGACCACGUCGUAGUACGCGAUGACCGGACGGCGGAAGAGAUUGUGGAGGAAAUUCGAGCAGUGACCAGUGGCAGACUCAGCCGGGUAAUUGAUUUGGUUGGCCCGAAAACCGCUGGAUUGUGUCUUCAAACUUGCCGCGCAACUGAAGAGAGCAAAGGUGAGACCCCGAGAGUCCGAUUUGCACCUCUCGCCAUGAUGGCGAACGAUGAGGAAAUACCGGAGCAUGUCCAGGUGGAGACGGUGGAGAUGAAAAGAUUUGUCCUGGAUGAAGAAGCAGCCAUCUAUGCACAGAAGCUCAACGAAUUAAUCAACUGUUCAAGCCUCAGGCUUCCGGACUUAGAGGUCUUGGAGGGCGGACUUAGCCAAGUCGAGAGAGGCUUGGAGAUCUUGAAAAAAGGGAAAACUCGAGGGAAGAGAAUGGUUGUUAGGCUCAGGAAUAUAUAG